CGUACAGUGACAACUAGUACUAGAAGAUCGUUCUCGUAGGUAAACAAAACUAGCAUUGAUGUACUUGACAAGACGAGCUGCACAGGACGGCCACGAGCUAGGUAUGAUUGCGAAAAAUUCGAUGACUACAACUCCUGCGCACAGGAUAGUACAACCCUUGUGGAUACCCUUACUUCCUGGUAUGCUAUAAAAAUUAGCUAAUCAUCAAAAUGACGGACCAACAACCUUCUAUGAUGGGUGGCCCAGGUGGCUUCGCAUAUGGUGGCGCAACCUCCUCCACCCCAGUACCACAGCGUUUUUCCUCUGGUGCCCUCCCAUCACCGACCCCAUCUGCGUGUGCACCACAGAUUCCAGCUGCUUUGCAUGCCUUGCAGUACUUCAUAGACGAAAGUAUCGAGGACAUGGAUCAGGCUGCUGCAGCCCAGCAAGGGGCUGGAGGCUUUUUAGACGGAGGACAGAAACGAGGGUCGCUUUUUCCUGGAAGUUAUGAAAAAUAAUUUAUAUAAUAUGUUGGUUGUAGGCGUACUACACUUACUCUCGUCACUCUGCGGUUGAAAUUUGAAAAGAUAUUCUAGUAGAAUGAAUCUCCGCCACUGGAGGCAGAGGCAUCUUCCAGUCUCAGUGAAAAGAGGUCUUUCAAGGUGAAGAACAAGUAGUGACUGUCUCUAUCAUCUCAAAUCAAAAUUGAUCUCUAAUAUCCGCCAGCGACCUCAUCCGCUUCUUGCCUGUUGCCUAUGACUAGUCCCGAGACCCAGGUUUACGCAAGUUGGCACCUUCUGUGGUUCGCCGAACACACUGACGUAGAAGCCAACAGAGUUUUAGCCGAGGUCGACGCCGAAGCGCAUCUCUACUCCUCUGAAGCUGACUAUCUCAAACUGGCGUUUGCGAAGUCGCGAUCGUACAGGAAUUUCGUAGCGAUUUUGAGAUGGCUAAGGUGGCUGUACAAGUUUCAGACGGAGAACGAAGAGCAGGCUUUGCGCGAUGCCGCGAGUGAUGGAGAUAUUGAGAUGCGGACGAGCAAAAUGGAGCCAGGAAUGGAC